GGUGGCCGGGACGAUGAUGUCAUCCGGCGGAUCGGGAUGACGUCAAACACAAAAUGGAUGUGAGCGAGUUGCGCCGAGGAGCGACAACACGGAGCGCGCGGACACGGGCUGAAAUGGAGUCUUUGGUGCACUACAGUAGCCCUGCUCAUGCCAUCUCUCUGCUAGGUGUCUUAAAUGAUCAGCGUUUGAGGGGUCAUCUCUGUGAUGUGGUUCUGGUGGUUGGAGAGAACCGUUUUCAGGCCCACAGAAGCGUCCUUGCGGCCAGCAGUGAGUAUUUCCAGGCUGUGUUUUCACGAACUGACUCAGAGAGCCGUACAGUCAUCCACCUUGACUUCUGUGAGCCCGAAGCUUUCGAGAUUGUGCUGAACUACAUCUACUCCUCAUCCUUGUUUGUGGACAAAUGUAGCCUGGCUGUCAUACAGGAGCUUGGGUACAGUUUGGGCAUUCCCUUCCUGACCAACAUCAUGUCCACAAGGCCACAGGUGUCUUAUUGUGUGUCUAGGAAGAGGCUGUCCUUCUCUGAGGAGGAUGAUGGCACCUUCCAGAAGAGAAGUGUUAUAGUACGUCAAAGUGGAUUGGGUGCAUCUCACAGAAUAAGUGGCUCCACCCUGCAGGGAAAAGCACCAAAACACACAGAUGGGACCUCAGACGAGACUCCACCUUCUCAAGCUUUCCGAGAACAGGCUCACCUUUCCUCAGGAGACAUGAAACCAAAUGAAAUGGGGACAUUCGUUCCAUCUGUUAGAUCAAAUGCUAACACGCAGCCAGAAGAUGGGGACACCAAACCUAUUGUUCAUAACCUUCCGUCCAUCCUCAAAGGCCAUGAAUACAGAUCACACUCUGGAAGGCCACAGUUGACUUCCUCUGUGUCGUUUAGUGAAUCUGUACAGCAUGCCAGCUUGCACUCUGCUGAUGACAAACCCGAAGCAGAACAAGUGCAUGAUUCAAAGCCAGUGUCUGGAAGCCAGCAAGGUCUGCCCAACCAUACCAUCGACAGGAGUGGGCCACUUAUUAAAAGCCUGUUGCGGAGAUCCUUGUCCAUGGACAGUCCAGUUCCUGUUUUUUCUCCAGUUUUGGAGCUAAAAGACUCACAAAGCAGAGAGCAGUCUGUUGUAAAAUUAGCAUCAUCAAAAAGGGCAGGGUCUCCACCAUCUGAAAGUAAGCAUCAAAUGUCUAGACAUGUGCCACCCCUCAUUCUCAGGUCUAAGGAACAAAAUACGCUUGAAAAAGAAGGCACUCAGGAAGCUGAGGUAAGGAUUAAAACAGAGCCUAGCAGCCCACUGGCUGACCCCUCAGAAAUCAUACGCAUUACAGUAGGGGACAAUCUACCAGUUAACUUUAAAGAUUUUCAGGGCAACUUUGAGGAAAGCCCUAGACCAUACUUUAGUCCUCUUUCGAAAAGGAAAAUGAAGCAAGAUGCUGGCUCCAGCUCAUUUAAAAGAUCCAGGGUUUUAAGAGAUGAACACCAGCUCAUGCAUGAGGAUGGCACAUCUGAUGAACAACCCCACAACUCCAACAGGGAUGAUGGCAGUCAGGAACCUGGAGAGCUGAGACCAAGCAAGAUGUUCAAAUGCUGGAGCUGCUUAAAGGUGUUCAGGUCAAAUGCUGGCCUGUAUCGCCAUGUGAACAUGUACCACAACCCAGAGAAGCCGUAUGCUUGUGACAUCUGUCAUAAGCGCUUUCACACCAACUUCAAAGUAUGGACACACUGCCAGACACAGCAUGGUGUGGUCCAAAACCCUGCCCCAUCCUCCAGCUCUUAUUCUGUGCUAGAUGAGAAGUUCCAGAGAAAGCUCAUAGACAUAGUGCGAGAGCGGGAGAUCAAAAAAGCCUUGAUUAUGAAGCUCAGGAGAAACAAGCAAGGCCUGCAGGCUCAAACCUUUGCCAAGAAAAACCGUAGAUCAAGAACAUAUGGAUGUUCCUAUUGUGGAAAAAUGUUCUUUUUCCAGUCACAUUUCAAACUGCACAUGAAAGUGCACACCGCUGAGAGAGCCGCAGUUAAUGCGCAAGAAGAUGAUGGUGGUCUACAAGAGAGGCAGGACCAAACCAGACACAUCAGGGAGAGCCUAGACAAAGAUGUGUUUCCUUGUAGGUUGUGCAAUGAGAAACUGUCCUCUUUUGCUGAGCUGGAGGACCAUGAGAGAGCUUGCAGGUAUGCAACUGUCUGCCCUUACUGUGGUCUCAGAUUCUCCAGCACAUUGGUGAAGAAAGACCAUGAGGCCCACUGCAAGUACAAAAAGCUAACCUGCCUGGAGUGCAUGCGUACAUUUAAGUCCUCUUUCAGCAUAUGGCGGCACCAAGUGGAAGUUCAUAACCAGAACAUAAUGACUGCAAGGGAGCAGCUUACUCAAGGCCACCAGGAUGCUAGCCGGGAAUCUUCGCAUGUUCUCAAAGCUAUACCACCACCAUCUCAGGAACCAGUGGGACAAAUCAGUGUAAACAGCAGAGAAGAAGCAGCUUAUAGUGAUUCCUCAGCUCCUGCCAACUUUGACUCAGAGGAUUCCUCAUCUUAUAUGCCAGAAGAUUUGAGUGCAUGUAAGGGCGAGCUGACUGUAAAAGAGGAACCUGAGGAAGCGGCCGUGACAGACAGGGAACAAGCCACAGGUGAACCCGUGGCCUUGGAUGAGCCAGGUGUUUGGCCUUGUGAAAAGUGUGGGAAACUCUUCAGCUCCCACAAAGACCUUGAACGGCACCAGGAACUUCUUUGCCACAUCAAGCCCUUCAUCUGCCACAUCUGCCACAAGGCAUUCCGUACCAAUUUCCGCCUAUGGAGCCACUACCAAUCCCAUAUGUCAACCUUCGAAGAUUCAGGGUCUAGGCAGGUGGACCGACAGCCACCCUCUCCAUCUUCUCCAUCUCCACCUUUGAUCAUCGCCCUCCAGGAACCUCAAACAUCAAGAGCAUCUCCGCCAAAUGUGACUCAAUCCGCAGCAACUGGACCAGAAGAGGAACCAAGGCAGUCCAAGUCUCCAGUGUCCAAACCUUCAAUGUCCAAGCCCAAAAGGUUGGAGCGAGAAAAAUCAGAAAACGGAGGUGAGGAACGUACUGUUCGCCGCUCAGAUAGCACAGACAAGCCAGUAACUUCUCAGGAACCAGACACCCUCUUCUACCAUGCCCCGACACUGUCUGCCCUUACCUUUAAGAGGCAGUACAUGUGCAAGCUUUGCCACAGGACCUUUAAGACUGCCUUCAGCCUGUGGAGUCAUGAGCAGAGCCACAGUCAUCUGUGAUUUAGGGUCCAAGGCUAACAGCGGACAUGGUAUUCCAAAAGAUAUCUCAGAGUUCUAGGGGUAUUUCACAAGUCAGGAAUUCAAUGUAAGUUAAAUAGUGUAUGUGAAAAUGUAAGGAUUGUCCAAUGGGACUUGCCUUGAUCCCUCAUCCUAUUGGAGAGGCUUGACAUUUAGCUUGUCUUGCUAUCUAAGAAAUCCUGCUUUGUGAAGUACCUGCCCCUUGAUCUGGAAUUUAUACUUGGGACAAGUCAAUUCUGAAACUGGGCUGUCAUCUCAGAUAUUUUGAGUGCAUACCCUGUGUCAGGUUCAGACAUACAUACAUGUACAGUCUCAGUUACAGUGUGCAAAGCCUGUUUGUAUAUAACUACACAUACAGUACCAAAGGUUUGGACCGUCCCAUUCUCAUUUAAUUAUUAUUUUGUAUGUUGUAGAUUCUAGAUGAUGUAGAUGAUGCCAACUUUGCCCAUUCUUGGCAUUCUCAUUCCAAACCACCUGGGUCAGGUGUUUGUGAAACACUUUUUUUCUACUACUAUUUUCAUAUAUGUUCCUUUAUAGUUUUUGAGUCUUUAACAUGAAUAUUAAUCUACAGUGUAGUGAAUAAAACAAGUAAAGGACAGAUAUUAAUGAGAAUGUAUGUCCAAACUUUUACUGGUACUGUACCAAUAUAACUUAUUCUCAGCUUUUCUGUAGUUAUUGGGGCAUCAACAAACAACAUCUCUGAUUGAGUUACACAUGUACAGAAUCUGAUCUGUUCUUAUCUUGUGCUCUUUUGUGUCCUUCAUGGUAGAGACUGUCAGGUUUUCCAAAAUGUAGUAAACAAUGCUCUACUGUACUAAACUAUACAGGUCUGCUUAGGAACCUGCAAUAACUCUCUGUUCAAAGUGCUUUGCCUAGGGUGUGCGGGAGUUUUAGUGGCCUUUACCUUCCUUCUGUUCAUUCACAUAUUCUUUUAUUGUGUAAUUCCAAAAAUAUCUAUUGCUUUCAUCAAUUAAAGCACAUUAGAUACAAGCAACUAUUAUAUAGUGUUCAGCAAAUAAUCUGCUCAAAACAAGGAUUUCUUUUUUUUCAUGGUAAAUGUAAUGUAUUGAAUUAUAAUAAGACCUUUAAUCAGUUUGUCUUGUAAAAGGAAUGAUGAAACAGUGGAAACCGAGAACACUCUUGGACAUGUUUUUGCUUAAAAGUCCUAUUUCGUUUAAACUGAACAAGAUUUUCUUUUGGAUGCAAUUAAUUCGGAAUGCCUUACUACGUUGCAGAAAUGGUUAUUGAAUAGAUUAUGUAAAAUAGUUCCUCAUCUUGAUCUUUAAUUUAUUUAUUUCAGAUGUUGAAUAAAUGUGCAUGAGUUAAAGCUUUAGUUUGAUAGUGGUGCAGAAGAAGAUAGACACAUAUUUAUGUGUGUUUUCCCCCCUGCAAUCACAAUACAUUUGUUCUUGUGCACAUUUACGGAUCUAACCAAAACCUGUAUUCAUAAUAACAGAGAUUCUUGUCAGAACGUUGGUUUUAUCUUUUUGUUGAGAAACGUUGUGCUCUUUGACACUUUAUAUAAUUCCUUGGUAGUUUAAUUCAGGAGUUUGUGAAUUAUAUUAAGUCAGUGAUUGUAUUGAACAAAUAGAAAACUUUAUAUUGUACAAAAGGCAGAGGGAGUGAUGUUCUGUAAACUGCGUGGUGAUGUGCAGUGUACACAAUUCCCUCGUAAACCAUAUGUACAGAACGUGCAGUAUCUGGGAGUUUUCCUCUCAUUAUUAAUGUUGUUAGAAGUUGGAGUAAGCCUUAGGACAUUUACACUCUAUUGGUACUGUAUCAGUACUUCAGCCGCACUGUAGUGUAAGGGUUCCUUACUAAAGUUAUACAGUAAUUAAUCAAGUCAUGAUGCAAGUAGAUAGUAAACUACAUGGUUUCGGGUUUCUUAUAUACAGUACCUCAUUAAUACCUGAUUUAUCUUAAGAGUUAUUAUAAACUUAAAGCACAAAGCGUUUAUAUGAUCAAAACAAAGGGGUUUUGUAGCAUUUUUUAACCAGAUCUCUAUUUUCUGCACCUGCAGAGCAUGGCAUCCUUCUAUGUUUAGACUGUUUAGAACAACUUGGUUAAAAAUAAAUAGAACAUUAUUUAUCACUUAGCCCAGAUACAGUCACUUACUGACUCGGUUUGGUGUCUGACAUGUGCUUUUUUAGUUUACAGCAUUGCUAAUGUUGUUAACUGAACUUAAACCUUCACCAGUUCUAGUCACACGGCCAAAAAUAUCUUGACUGUCUCAAAACACAGUUAGGUAAUCAUUAUUCAGGUACAAGUGUGUGUUUUUGAACACGACGCAACUGCCUUUAAUCUAGAAACAGACAAAAUUACUUCUCCACACAGCUGGAGUAACUUUUCCUUGCUGCUUUACCAAAUCAAGUGUAUUAAUGUAGCUUUUAUGAAAUAUUUUUGUUGUUAUUUUGGGCAUGUUUACAGAGACACACAGUCUUAAUCCUAAUUCUAAUGUUUGUUAGCAAUAUUAGCAUAGCAUCUCCCAUUUUAUACUAAGGAAGCACAAUUCAGAUAGCACACACGUUUUGGCUGAUGUGCUGCAUCUGGAGUCAAAGGUCAAUUAUGGUACUUUAGUUUUUUUCUUUUUUUUUUUUUUUUUUUUUUUUUUUCAGCGAAUUAUUCCUUUAAAAGGCAGUGAGAAGUUUCCGAAAUGUCCUUUUAAAGACAACUACUUUAGUAAAACGUAUGGGUAAUGGGUGCAUAGAAUAGAGAUUUGGUUGAGAAUUACUGCAGUAUUCCUUCUAACAUGCAAGGGUUUAAAAUGCAUUAUGAUGGUUGAUCCAUCUAUUGCUCUCUAUCUCUCUCUCUCUCUCUGUGCUUGUGGCCUGUGUUGUGGAGAGAAAUGUUAAGCUGAAACGGUUAUUCCUGAUAUGCUGCGUGCUUUCGCCCUCUCUCAUCCAUAUAAUGAUUAUCACAAAGCUGAUAUAUUUUAGAAGUGUUGGUGAUGAUGGUAUUGAUUCAUGGAGACAUUUCAUAACACAUUGAAAAAUACAGCAAUGGUUGGUUGUCACACUCUUGACUUUAAGUAUAUCCUGUGUGAAAGUUUUUAGGGUAACGGUUAAGAUUUGUACAUCACAACAUGUGACAUAAUUUCCUCUUUAUUUCAGUAAUCAGCUCCUUGUGAUUUUUUUGUUGAAAUUUAACUUGCUUCUCAAUUUAGAUUCUUCAGAGAUUGUAUGACCUUGAAUGAGAUGAUUACAAAUAGUUAUUAAAUGCAUAUAAGACAGCAUUUGUAUGUUCUUUGUUAAAUUUUGUACCAAUAUUUGUUUUCUGAAGAAAAAAAACAGGUAUAUCUUUUUGGUAUUUCUGUGGUAUCCCUGCAAUAACUAAUAUUUGUAUUUACAUGACUGGUUCUAAUCUAAUGUGGCUUUAAAAACUGCAUCAGUUUUUGUGUUUAGUGCUUCUUUUCUACUGUUUCACUGCUUGCUUUCUGAAAUAAAGGUUGAUCCUGUU